AUGAACAAUGACAGCGCUCUGAACUCGGAGCGCAGUCUGCGUGUGGGCGACUCGAAGAAUGACUAUCUACGGUCUCUCCUCAGAACUCUCGACGCGGUCAUCUUCCUCCAGAUAGGCAUCACCUACCUAUCCGACAAUCUCACCCUCCUUCUGAUCCUACGUGCCAUUUCUCAAGUCGUCCAUGUCCAGUAUCGACCAACGGGUCUACAGCUCGCACCUGCAGUCUUUGUCAGCGUAGUGUGCAUCGUCACGCAUCUGCUCUGGACCCAAAGUGGCACAAAACACACACAUGGAGGGUUGAUCAUUGACUUUGUUGGGGAACUCCCGCCCUCAAAAUGGAGGCUGCUCUUGUUGGACGUCGUGGUUUUGGCUCUGCAGUUAGUCAUGCUGGUCGUGGGCCAUCAGAAACAGCUCGCUUUAGGCCAUGCGCAACCACAGCCCGAUACCCCGCCUCCACAGGACAUUGAAGCCGAAGAAGAAGGACGGCUCGUGUCAAAUGUUCAGGAACGGCAAACAGGUGGUGAAGAGGAGGGUAUAGAGUUACAAAGUCUGCUACCUAAUGGUGCGGAACGGGAGCAUUCCUCAUCGAAUCCUCUAACCAAAACGGCGACUCAAGAAGCUGAUUUGAUCGUGCUGGACAUGAAGACAGCGUUGACGGCUCUUUUCAGAAAACCAUUGCAGCCCAGUUCACAUGCCGUGGAAGACCCAGCAAUGCGUGCCGGAUUGGCAAACGUUCUAUCUCGAGUUGCCGCGGCUCAUGCACGAGCUACUUGA